UCCCUUCAAUGCAACCGAACCUAGAUCAGUAGAGCGGGGCUGGCGCGUGCAGAGCAGAGCAGAGGAGCCGCGCGGACGUAAAACGAAACCUGUGACGCCUGCGUGUGUGUGUGUGUGUGUGAGAGAGAAGGAGGCGCACGAGGAUGAUUAAUUAGUCAAAUAAGCCGAAAGAAAGCGGACACCUUUGGCCGCGCGCCCUGGGCUUUGGCAAAGGACAUCGACUUGGCGUGUGGUGGUUUUGUGUUUUUGCCUUUUUGGACCAGGCCGGCACCAGUUGUAAUAGGCUGCGGUGGCUCCGUGCGCACUGGAAACCCGGAAUUCAAUUGGUGGAACCGAUAGGGGAGCACCCGGCCUUUUCCACUGCAGGAGGAGCAGUGGAGUUGGAGGAAAAGCCAAAGGCACGCCGCUGCCCAGACAGCAGCAGCACAAACACAAACAGAGCCAGUGUGCGCACAUUCGAAAGGCGUCCUCUGCCGCUGAGGCAUGAGGGACUUCACCUGAACUGCGCACUGGCUGACUGCAGGAUGCGCCUCCGCAGCUGCGUAGUUCGCUAAAAGACACGAGCCUGUUCCGGACCCGUGCAGGAAUCUGACUGAGGAAUUAGGCCUAUAACCGGUAGAAGACCACAGCAGCUGCGACAUUUGUGUUUUUUUUUUCCUCUUAAUUCCUCCGGAGAGCCCCGCGCGUCGUGGCCUUGAGGCGGGACAUGGGAGAUGUAAACAGACGUCGGGCUGGAUUGUAAACUACGCACAAGUCCCACCGCGUCCUCCUCCCGCCUCCUCCUCCACCCGGGCCGUCCGAGAUGGAGACGGGAGAGAGGGUCGAGCCGGAGCAAGAGGAGCAAGAGGGGGGAGAUGUAUCCUCCGCAGAGCCAAUCAUGCAUAGUGUCCACGGACCCAACCGGAUCAGGCCGUCCUCCUACCGGGCCCUGCGCAGCGCCGUGUCCAGCCUGGCCCGUCUAGAUGACUUCAGCUGUCAGAAGAUAGGCGCCGGCUUCUUCUCUGAGGUGUUUAAGGUGCAGCAUCGUGUAUCGGGUCAGGUGAUGGCUUUGAAGAUGAACAUCCUGCCCAGUAACAGAGCCAACAUGCUCAGGGAGGUCCAGCUCAUGAACCGACUCUCACACCCUAACAUACUCAGGUUUAUCGGAGUGUGUGUCCAUGAGGGGCAGCUCCAUGCGCUCACAGAGUACAUAAACGGCGGUAACCUGGAGCAGCUGCUGGGCAGUGACGUGUACCUGUCGUGGAGCGUGCGGCUCAGGCUGGCUCUGGAUAUCGCCCGGGGACUGCAGUACCUGCACAGCAAGGGCAUCUUCCACAGGGACCUCACCUCCAAGAACUGCUUGGUUCGCUGGGAGGGCAACGUGUGCUCGGCCAUCGUGGGAGACUUUGGUCUAGCAGAGAAAAUCCCAGAUUACAGUGAAGAUGAAGACCAGGAGCCCCUGGCCGUGGUGGGCUCCCCCUACUGGAUGGCUCCAGAAGUGCUCAGAGGGGAGGUCUAUAAUGAGAAGGUGGACGUGUUUGCGUAUGGAAUCAUCCUUUGUGAGAUCAUCGCGAGGAUCCAGGCCGACCCCGACAUCCUGCCACGCACUGAGGAUUUUGGUCUGGAUGUCGAGACCUUUCAGCACAUGGUUGGUGAUUGUCCUCGUGACUUCCUGGAACUGGCAUUUUCCUGCUGCAAUAUGAAUCCAAAGAUCCGUCCUUCCUUUUCCCUGAUUGUUGCAGAACUAGAGAGGAGUCAGGCUGAGAGGAAACAGAAGGAGGAGCCGACGCUUAAAGCUGUUUCACCAACAUCCGGCUCUGUGCGGCGGCGCUCCCUCUGCCUCCCGUCAGAUCCCCGCCUCUCCCGCAGCAAAUCCGACAUGCUCCACCCACCGGACACGCCCCCCUGCGUGUCUCUGACCCCUUCCACUCGCGUGAACCCGUUCUCCCAGAGAGAGGACCUGAAGGGCGGCAAGAUCAAGCUGUUCGACACCCCCAGCAAAUCAGUCAUCUCCCUGACCUUCACACUGCCUCCGCCCCCAGACUCCUGCGACGGCGAGGCUGAGGGCGGCGGCGAAAUGCCCAGGAGGCACCGCCGCUGCCACUCACUGCCCUGCACGCCCCCCCCACAUCUGACCUCUGCACCCAACACGGCUCUGACCGAAGAGGAGGGGGACGCCAAUGAGGAGGACAGACUGUUAGGACAGGAAAAGGACACGGCAGAGACGACGGGGACGUCCCUCGGAGGAGACUCUGGCGUCCCGCUGUCACUGGACCUGAUGGACACGGAGAAGGAGGAGGAGCAGGAGGAGGAGGAGGAGGGGGAGGAGCCUAUGGACUGCACCAGCUCCCCAGACACACAGGACAGCACCUCCUCUCCUUGCUCCAAACUGUCCCCUCCUCCGUCCCAGUUCUCGACGCCACUCCAGCCCAGCACCCCCCCUCUGUCCAAUGGGUGGGGGUCCGCCAUCUCCAACGGGCCUCCCUGCCUGCCCCCCCUCUCCAACUUGGACAAAAACAAUGUGAUCAUGAGCAGACCCCUCGGCUGGGGCUCCGCCUCCACGGACGCCACCCCGCCUACCAACAACAACGGGUACCACUCCCCUCCCAGCGACCCCGCCGACUCCUCCCCGUUCGGCUCCGGCAGCGGUCACUCCCUGGACCAGGAGGAGGUCAUCUCCUGUCCCGGGUGUUGCCUGGCCGGCCUUCGCUUCCCCUCGGUGUGUCUGCGAGCGCCGCCACGCAGAAACCCCUACAAAAACCUGAACGUGGACCACGCAGCCUCACACGGACUGCUUUGUCCCGGACCCAAAGGCCUGCAGUCCUCGCCCACUCCCACCCCCACCACCACCAGCAGCCUGGAGCCUGGACUGGCCUUGCCGGGGGUGCAGACAUAAACUCUGCCUUUUGUGCACACUCGCACCAAAGUUCUUCCCUGGAAAUUAAGUGGGUCUCUUUAAAAUUUGCACAGAUUUUAUUGCAGCAAUACCCUACUUAGUUUCCAAACCUGCUCUUCUUGUGUUCAGAGCUGUCAUUUUUGCUGGAGACUUGUUGUGUGGCGCCCUCUGCUGGGCUGAGGGCGUCACUACAUCAGAUGUCAGCUGUGCCUGCUUGCUGUGACUGUAUCUGUUUGGCAUGUACACACUCUGGUUUGGGGCCCAGUCGGUUCAAUCCUGUAUAUUUGCAGAUGUAAAGAUUCUUUUGACUGAUGAUGAUGAUGAUGAUGAUGCUGAAAUGAGGAAUGUUCAGAUUAGUAUUACUGUUGCAAUGAUUUUUGAUGUUUGGUGCUGUUUGACUGAACGGCAGGUUUGCUUUAAUGUCUUUAAUUAUCAUAAGGUGUAGUGUGUGUGUGUGUGUGUGUGUGUGUGUGUCGGUGUGAGAGGCUGCAUAAGGGUAUGUAUAUGAGAGAGGGAGUGUAGAAAAGUGUGUGUGUGUGUGUGUACACCGUUUUUAUGACCAUUUGUGUUGCUGUAUGAUCCUUCUCAGCCCUCCUAGUUGCCUGGUUAAGCACUUCAAAAUGUAUUACUGUUGUUAAAAAGGAAACUAUUGAUAUCAAUAUUUUCGGGAAUGAAUGGUCAAAGACCUGCUUAUGAGAUGUACAGAUUCUUAUUAUUUAAAGAUGGUAUUGAAUAAAAAGAUAGAAUGCAGUGA